GGAAGAUGUCGUCGAGAAUGAGAUCAUCGAAACCACCGCUUCCGAAAUCGCCGAUCCGUCUCCUAUCACGCCAGGCAUCUUCUUCGACACUGCAAACACCACCACCGGGUCUGAAGAAUCCGGGACGAAGGUUAAGCCAUGGAGAUAAGGAACCGAAGCUCCCAAUCGAGUACUCGUCAGAGUUUGGUGAAGAAGAGGAUGAUCUAAGGAAAAGAGGUGAAGCUUCGAAUCUGGAAGAUUUGGCUGCAGACUCGGCUCCUCCGGUGUUCGAGAGAGGAAGACUUUACGAGGAGUAUUCUGCCAGGAGGAACGAGAGAUUGAAGAGGAAGAACGUAGGAGAAGAAUCUGUAGUGAUCAAGGGAACUAAUUACAAUCUUGGAGUCGAGCCUGUGACCGCGAAGAGAAGAGGAACCAUUAAGAAGAAGACUGAGACAACAGCAGCAACAAAGCCGCCGAGGUAUUCGUUGAGGAGUAUGACCAAGGAGAACAAGAAGCCUCCUCCUCCGCUUCCUAUGAAUGUUUCUGCUGUGACUAGUGCCAAGAUGAAAAGUGUUACUACUAUGAGGGCUAGGAGGAUCUGAUGUUUUUUUUUUGCUUUCGGGAUAUUGUUUGUAAAGGUCCAUGAAAACUUCUUUGUUUCUUGCUUUUCUCAGUUACUCUCUCAUACAUUCAUAUUUUGGUUAUAUUUGUUCAUCAGUACUAGCGUUGUUGAUUC